AUGAAAGCCAAGAAGAUAGUAGCCUUAUUCUUGCUCUGCUGCCUCUGUUCAAAGUUCGUUUUGUCGAGCCCCGGGCGCUACGAUGCAAUCUUCAACUUUGGCGACUCUGUGAGCGACACUGGAAACUUCCUCCUUUCCGGGGCACUUGUUCCAGAAAUUAAAAAGCUCCCUUACGGCGAGACUUUCUUCCACCACGCGACCGGUCGAUGCUCGAACGGACGCCUAAUUAUCGAUUUCAUAGCUGAAGCAUUUGGACUGCCUUAUCUUCCACCAUAUCUGGCAUUGGCCAAAGGACCACAUGUCCGCACGGGAGUGAACUUCGCAGUUGUUGGUGCCACAGCAAUCGACUCGUCUUUCUUCUAUGCUCAGAAUCUUAAGUUGUUGACCAAUGACUCGUUGAGUGUUCAGCUUGGCUGGUUCAAGAAUUUGAAGUCGUCUCUUUGCACCACCAAACAAGAAUGUGAUGAGUACUUCAAGAGGUCUCUGUUUCUGGUGGGGGAGAUUGGUGGCAAUGACUUAGUCAAUCCCUUAGUAUCUGGUCGAACCAUUAAACAGAUACGUCCUUUGGUACCACAAGUCGUUGGAGCAAUCGCCCGUGCCAUCCGUAUACUGAUAGAAGAAGGAGCAGUGGAUCUGAUGGUGCCAGGAAUAUUUCCAAUAAGCUGUUCCGCCAUGUUUCUAACUUUGUGUCACAGCCCCAACAGAUCGGCAUAUGACCCAAGAACUGGUUGUCUCAAGGCUUAUAAUGAUUUCAUCAAGUACCACAAUAACUACCUCAAGGAAGAAUUGCAAAAUUUGAGAGAAGAAUACCCUCAUGCAAGAAUUAUUUACGCUGAUUAUUAUGGUGCCUCCAUACCUAUUUGUCGCACUCCAAAACACUACGGCUUUUAUGGAGGGGCACUAAAGGCUUGUUGUGGAGGCAGUGGUCCAUACCACUAUAAUGCUUCAGUAACUUGUGGUGACCCCGGCUCAACUGUUUGCAAAGAUCCAUCGGCUUUCGUCGAUUGGGAUGGGAAUCACUUGACCGAGUCUGCUUAUCAUCACGUCGCCAACGGGUUGAUCUACGGUGGCUUCACAUCUCCACCACUCCUAUCUUAAUUUAAUUAUUGACAUUACACAUAAAC